AUGAGAUCCCCUGCUCCGGCCGUGUUCCGGCCACCGAGGCUCCACCGAGCAGCGCUGCUCCUCCUCUAUGCCGCGGCUCUGAGCUGCUUCCUCCAGGGCCUGGGAUCCCACGCGCAGACCCUUCCCAGCGAAGAAGGUGAGACACUCCGCCGGCGAUUUCUUCUCUCCGCAGCCGACAUUCAUCCAAUGCUUCCCCGUCUCCGUCGGUGAUGCUCAGCUCCUUUACAAUUUGUGUGGGGGGGAUGAGAGAGAGAGAGAGAGAGAGAGAGAGAGAGAGAGCGUGGAUGAAGUGGGAUUAGAAUGAGAAGUGCUACGGAGAGAUUGAUGCUAACCAGUGGUUGGGGCUUUUCGCGAGGUUGAUCUAAAAAUGCUACGGAGAGCCAUCUUUGUGAACAGCGUCUUCAGUUGAUGCCAAUAAUUAGACGAACGCUGGGCUGACCAGAUCAGUUAUAUGGAUAACCAGAUCAGAGGCGGCUCUCGGUGGAGAUCCUACUUGCUGCUGAUCUAUUUGCUUGAUCGAUAAGUUUCUCCUUCACCUUCGCCUUCACUCGUCUUACCUCAGAUAGAACGUGGACGAGGCUCCCACCAAUAAAUGCGCAGAAGUGUCCCGAUUUUUUUCAGAUUUUUUUCGUCCGAAUGGUAACGCUGAUGUAAACUCCUCGAAAGCGGAAAUCAUAUGCAUUUCGUUUUCUCUGGCUUGUAUUCGUUUCUGCGAUCUUUUGAUGGGAGAUUUUUUAAUUUAUUAUUAGUAACAUAAUUAAAGCGUUGAUCCUCGCAUUACUCUCUCUCCUUCCCUGCCUCCGGGGCGUUGCGGGGGAGCAGUCAACGCGCUCAGGCAAGCAGCGACGAAGCUGAAGAUCCCGCCGACGCUAUGGAACUUCAGUGUAAACCCUUGCUUCCGUUGGUUGAGGGAAGCCAAAGGCGCCCUCUCCCACAACGUCACCUGCGACUGCAACGCGACGACCAACGUCUGCCAUGUCGUCAGCAUGUACUGAUCUUCCCCUCCGCCUUCUCGAGUCGCAUUCGCAUGACUCUCGAAUCGUCCAUUCUAACCCUAUGCAUCGCUUAUUCGUUUUGGUCCGGGAAAAAUUGUGCACAGCGAGAUCAAGGGGUACAAUUUGACGGGAGUGCUGCCGGAGGAGUUCGGCAACCUCACUUCCCUGUUCUUCAUGUACGUUCGCUGCGCCGAAUUGAAGUGUUUGUCUAUUAUUUCUUCUGUACUUCGAGGAACUGAACAUUUCCGCUCUCAAUUUCUGUAUCCUCUGAAUCUGCGGGACCGAACAGUGACCUGUCUCGGAACUACAUCGAUGGGUCCUUACCUGCCGCCAACUGGACUUUGCUCCCUCUGCGAAACCUGUAAAAUCACUGGGCGCCCUCGUUGACGAAAACUCAGCUCCGCUAUUCUGCGGCCCAUGUGGUAGUAGAUGUAACUGAUAUCCGUGUUCUGUACCACUGCAGAUCCCUUCUGGGGAACCGAAUCUCAGGUGCCAUUCCCGAGGAGAUUGGGAACAUUACACCGCUUCAGUCACUGUAGUGCCUCAUAUCCUGUUCCUAGUAGAUAAUUUCUACACAGUCCAGCAUUGCUUCUUGGUGAUGGUUGUUCAUCGACGAACUUUUAUUUGUGUUUGGUGCGUUCUUUGAAGUGUCUUGGAGAACAAUAUGAUACAAGGACCGAUUCCUCGUGGACUUGGAAAGUUGAUCAACAUAGAAAGACUGUAAGUCUCUAGUUUCUCUUCUAUUGUUCUUCAUGAAUCGAAUUGUUCUUCUUUACGCGAAUCUAAGAAAAUGGAUGGAGACUGUUUGGUUGAACGAUUGCAACUUGUGGGAUGGUUAAUGACAGAGCAUGUUCUCUUUUCAGCUUUCUUUCUGCCAACAACUUCACUGGUGAGCUUCCAGAAGCACUUAGUAGGCUGACGAACUUGACAGAUUUGUAUGCCUGCAACUCUUGUAUUUGUGGUGCUCUUAAAUUUGGACGAAGAUGUUCUAGUGGGUAAUAACGGGGGUACAAUGGUGUUCUUGCAGUAGGAUCGACGGCACUGAGAUAUCUGGGAAGAUACCGAGCUGGAUAGGGAACUGGACGAAGCUACGGAGAUUGUUAGUCCCUCGGAUGACUGGCUGUCUUUAUUUGCUUGUUUCGAUAUCUGCUUAUGAUUUUGAAAGGAUACUUUGACCGUGUGGCAUUUCCAUGAUAUAUACUUUCGCAAAUGUCGCAGUGACAUGCAAGGCACAUCUAUGGAGGGUCCCUUUCCGCCAGAGUUUUCAUUACUGGAAGGCAUAGCUGAGUUGUACGUUUAGCUUUUUUCCGUUUCUCUACUUAAGUACAGCUAUCUGGGGUAAUACAUUGUAAGGAUAAGAUAUUUGUUGGCUUUAUUCCGCAGGAGAGUCUCUGACCUAAAAAAGUCAGAUGGUAGCUUCCCUCCCCUUGAGAAAAUGCUAGGCAUGCAACAACUGUAAGUAAGCGUACAGUUCGUGUAUUUUUUAGCCCAAUCGAUUAUCCUUUUCAGUUUAGGUGACAUAUUUUUGGGGUAAAUUCUGCAGUGUUCUCCGGAAUUGCUCAAUAUCCGGGAUGAUCCCUGAUUACAUCGGGAAUAUGACUGGCUUAAAGGCCUUGUAGGUUUCUUAUAACACAGCUAUUUAAAUUUAUAAUUUUCCUUGGCAACUGUUUUGUAGAUAGCUGUUUUUAUAAUCUUUUUAGCUACUUGAAAGAGAGUAUGCUCAGCCUGAUAUGAAUAUUCUUAUCUUCUCUUCAUGGUGAUUUGGUUCCCUGAUAUGGCUUUGAUUCGAACCAAUUACAUAGUCCAAAUACAGACCGAUUGAUAACUUGAAAUUCUGUGACAAGCAAUGAAGACUCUGAAGUGUACGUAUCUAAAGUUUUUAUGAUGAUCGCCAAUAACAUGUAUAUCUAUGUAAGCGUCCAGCUUAGAUAGGAUUCCAUCCUAUAUAUUCAGGGGGCUACCUGAAGAUUUACAGUCACAAUAACUUUGUUAUUCAAACUAUUAUCGGAAAAUUAAUGGAUUCUGUUUAGAUUUUCCUUUAUAGUUUUUCAUCUGUUUUUAUUCUAUAUUUCUGGGCCUUCGUCCUUCAUAUUCCCCAGGGCGUUUACUAACGUGGUCAUUGGGACUAAACUGAAUAUCGCAUGCUUAUAUUUCUCCUUUAUAUGUACGUGUACAGUGUGAAUAACGUUGGACAUAUGAGUCGUGGUUAGAUUUUUUAUGUUUUUUUUCCACUUAUUAUACUUGCAGGGAUCUGAGCUUUAACAAUUUAACGGGCGAAAUACCAAACGACCUUGAAAAACUACAAAGUUUAGAUUAUCUGUGAGUGAAUACUAAUUCAAUGCUUUUCCGUCCUACUCCAUGGACAUUCCUUUGAAUGCCCAUACUCAUUCCAGGGAAUCUGCACAGUAUUUUGCUAAUUUUAUUUUAUUAAAUUUUAUAUUUGAUAUUUUUUUCCACAUUCAGGUUCCUUACCAGCAACCAACUUAAUGGAUCACUGCCUACUUGGAUCAAGGGCAGCAAAGAAAAUGUGUAUGAUUUACCUCAUGAAAAUCAUUCGUUACUACUCCAUGUUUAUUUUGGAAAUGCAUUUUAUUCUUAUCUGAAGAUCAACAUCGUCAUGUCGCAAUGUUUUUCUUUCAGGGAUGUUUCUUACAAUUCUUUCACGAAUACCGAAUCUGCACCAAGUGAUUGCAAUCAGGAUAGACGGUUGGGGCACAAUCUUUGUUUGUCCAUAUUUUAUUAUUUAAGUAUUAUCCUGGAAUUAAACAAUCUUCAUCUCACUUGCAGGAACUACGUAGCUAGUUUUUCAUCCACACAAAGUAAUUCGUAAGUUUCUGUUAUCAUUUAAAUAAAUAUUGUUUUGAUUCUAUUACUUCAUCUCAGCACAUGUAUGCCAAGAUUUAAACCGUUUGAUGCCUUCAUUUUUCUUUUGCAGGAUACCUUCAUGCUUAAGGAGGGACCUGCCCUGUGAUGGCAAAGCCAAAAGUGGGUAUAAUAUGUCAUUUCCAUGUCAUGCCUUCGAUAUAUUUUCAGUUUACUUUUUCCGUUGUGAGGUUGGAGGGAGAAUAUUCUUCUUAUUUUGAAAGUUUGACUUGUGAGCAGGAAGUUGUUUUGGAUGAAUGACUAUACUUCGAUUUUGCAAUUCUUGCAGACUAUGAAAUUUUUAUAAACUGUGGUGGAAGCAGUGUUGUGCUUGAUGGUGUUCAAUAUGAAGCAGACACAUCAUCUGGAGGUGCAUCAAAGUUCUUGCGGGCUGACAGUGGAAAAUGGGCUUGUAGUAGUACUGGAAACUUUAUUGGCGAAAGCAAGGCUCCAUACGUGGCAGAAAACACAUCAAUGCUGACGAUGCCCAAUGCAGCACUGUACUCAUCAGCUCGUUUGAAUCCUCUCUCUCUCAAAUAUUAUGGUUUGUGCUUGCAGAAAGGAAACUAUACUGUCAGACUCCACUUUGCUGAAAUAGUUUUAACUGAUGACCAGACAUUUGCUGGUGUUGGAAGACGUGUGUUUGAUAUCUCAAUUCAGGUCAUUUGAGUCCUUUGCACUUACAGUCUUCAUGAAAAUGCAUAGCUUCGUAUUGUUCCUUACUCAUAUCUGUGCUACUAUUUUGGAUAUCUUCAUGAAAAAAAAUCCGUAUUUGUUGAUCUGAUGUUGUGGUAUUCCGAUGCCAUAGGCUAUCAUUUAUGCCUAUUCUCAUGUCAGUUGCGCCUUAGGUUCUUUCUGUUGCUGCUACUGAUAAAGGUAGUUUCAGUGUUGUAAAUUGACAGGAAUUACAAAAUCCCUCUUCAACUGUAUCUUUUUAUUAUUAAGUUAUUUCAUAUUUUAUUUUUCAUUAAAAAAUUUAAUUCUUUUACUUCAGAUGCGUUGUAUAAUUUUUACUUAAAUAUAAUUCUUUUUAUUGCUACAGGGAGAAAAGGUACUAAGAGACUUCAACAUCGUAGAAGCAGCUAAUGGUACUGGUAAGGCAAUUAUUAUGAAUUUCACUGCCCUCGUAGAGGCUAGCACUCUGGAGAUCCAUUUUGAGUGGUCUGGGAAAGGCACGAAUGCUAUUCCAGAGAGAGGUGUAUACGGACCCCUUAUAUCAGCAAUUGGAGUCACACCAAGUAUGUAUAUGGAGGUACUCGCCUGAUUCAUAAUCAUCGCUUGGAUUGAUUCUAAUAUUUGUUUCUGUGUAGAUUUUGAACCCGAGAAAGACAAGGACGAUAAGUUACCUGUUGGUGUUGUCAUUGGCAUUGUCAUUGCUUCAACUGUGUUAGUGAUGCUGCUAAUUUUGGCCCUUCUAUGGUUUUUCCUUAGAAGAAAGGAAAUUGAGAAGAACGGUGAGAAAAUAACGUCAUAAUUUUGAUUACCAAUCCACUUUUUCAUGUAUUAUGUGCAUAUAUGAUAUAUGUGUAUGCACCGAAGUAAUCAUGUUCAGUCCACAAACCUUUGUGACUCUGAAAAACAUUGGGUCAAAUCUUUAAAUGGAACUUUCUUAUGAUAAUGUUAGUCUUGUUUUCUGGAACAGAUGCAUAUCCAAAAGUGUUACUGAUCUAAGUUUCUCUGGGUGCCAUGCAUACCCCGCCAAACAGAGAAAAAGCUUGGUGUGAUCAACAAAUUUUGUCAACGUGUUUCAAAAUAAAAAUGCACGAAAAUCAUUGCACGUAUUUUUCUCUCUGACAUAUCAUCGUAGAUUCUUUAAGGAUGAGCCAUAUAUGGAAGUUUUAUUGAUUACAGCCAGAUCUCGUUCAAAAAGUAGGUGUCUAAGGAGUUUAUUUCACUUAGUAGCGUAUGACUGAGGUACUGUUGUCAGUCAACAGAACUAUCUAAUAGAUAAACCAUAAUAUCAUUAUGGGAUUAAAGGGUGGUUUUAAGAAUAGUAUUUCAUUGAUGAGUGCAAGGUGGUAAAAUCCUAAGGUAGAGAUAACAGAAAUGUAGGUUGGGAUGUUCAUGCUACUCAGUCAACCAUGUAUCUGGUUAAGUGUAGAAAGGUGGGUCUCUGUAGCAUCCAUCUGGGUGCCUCAUCUAGGGGAUUGCCAAGCCUUUCUUCCAACCGGGAGUCCACAUCUACCUUUGAAAAAUUAUAAUCAUUCGGGGUAUCUGAUUGUCACACUGAUGGCAUGUGCUGUCUCUGUCUUAUGUUUCUCUUUGAGCAGAGUUGAAAGGUCUGGAGUUGCCAACAGGCUCUUUCAGUUUGAAGCAAAUUAAAGCUGCCACAAGGAACUUCCACCCUGAUAACAAAAUUGGUGAAGGUGGAUUCGGUCCGGUUUACAAGGUCAACCACAAUCAUGACUUCAUUCGGUUUUACGUUAUGUCCGAAAUUUUGCCCUUUUAGUAGCCUAAUGAUGUACUCAUGUUGAAAACUUUCAGGGGGUUCUUCCGGAUGGUUCUAUGAUUGCGGUGAAGCAACUUUCGUCCAAGUCAAAGCAAGGAAACCGGGAAUUUGUGACUGAGAUAGGCAUGAUAUCAGGCCUACAGCACCCACACCUCGUAAGACUUUAUGGGUGCUGCAUUGAAGGGAAUCAGUUGCUGCUAAUAUACGAAUACAUGGAGAAUAACAGCCUUGCCCGAGCCCUAUUUGGUAACCAUCUUACGGUUUUGCGUUCCCUGUACAUCGCGCCCGCUAUUUUCUGGGACUUUCUUGGUUAGAUACAUUAUAUGAAGUGAUUGGUAGUAUGUCGUAUAUGUAACAGUCACGGUGUUGACAGGUCCGGAAGGGUUGAAGUUGGAACUGGAUUGGCAGACGAGGCGUAAAAUUUGCAUUGGAAUAGCAAGGGGCUUGGCCUACCUUCACGAAGAGUCGAGGCUAAAGAUAGUUCAUAGAGACAUCAAAACGACGAAUGUCCUUCUUGAUAAGGAUCUGAAUGCGAAGAUAUCAGACUUCGGACUGGCAAAGCUUGAUGAGGAGGACAAUACCCACAUCAGCACCCGGAUUGCAGGAACCAUGUAAGCGAACUCUCUAUCCAAAGUAUUAAAUUUUAGGUAUGUUAUUAGAAUUUUCCGAUUACCAGAAGUGAAAAUAGACCGGAAAUUACAUCAAACCGUGACAUAUUUUGAUUCUUUUCAUUUGAGGUUACAUCAGUUCCUUGAGCUAUUCCGUAUUCAUGGUAAUAGGCCGUUGUUUGAUGGUUCUCAUUCUGACUAAACAUGUAUUGCCAAUUUUCAUGGCUUAGUUAACUCUCCAGACAUGCAUAUAAAUAAAGAGUCAUAUUUUUCUCUUCUUGUGGGUUUUAAUGACAGAUCGAAGCCAGAGUGAUAUCACGAUGGAACUGAAUUUAGAAACUGUGUCAUGUAUACGAUAAUUGAUGCCAAUAAGUUUUCAUGUGCUUUUCAUUAACUCUUACUUUUAAAGAUGAUUUUGGUAACCUGAAAGACCUAGGUGUUAGCUGAGAAUGUGUUUCUAGCCAUUUAAGAUCCAUGAAGUCUUGAGGUUCAACUGUUUCAUUCAAAAUCUUAGCAUACGUACAAGCAUCAAUCACAGUGAGAAUGGUGGAUACAUCAUGGAUGCGAGACACUGUGCCUCGCUCUACCUUGCAUUAAAAGAAAGAAACCAAUGUGGGCAUGGUACCGUCAGCACAUCCUGGCAGCACGGAUAACGGCGCUUGAGCAUUUGGGUUUCUUAAACCUUCUUCUAAUUCUUCGGCAGGGGAUACAUGGCUCCAGAAUAUGCGAUGAGGGGCUACCUGACAUACAAAGCAGACGUCUAUAGCUUUGGAGUGGUUGCACUGGAGAUCGUUAGUGGCAAGAGCAAUGCUCAUUAUCGGCCCAAGGAGGACUACUUCUAUCUUCUCGAUUGGGUAUGCAAUCCUUCAUGCGGUUUGAAUCUUAUGCAAUGUAUUCUUGAAUAUCUAUCGAUGAAAAAAGAGAGCAGUGUUAGUUAGCCGGAUCAACCUCUGGUGGACGAUCUGUGAGUGUUUCAAUCUUUCUGGCAGGGAUGGUACACUUAGGGCCUACCUAGCACAUAAACAUAGCCUGGAAACCGAGAGUUGGGUUGACUUACUGUCUAAGAACUCCGACUCGCUUUCUUCUGAUGAAUCUGAAACUUGAUGUUUUUUCUUAUCAGAUUUACUUAGUCAUAUCACUCCGUUCUGGUUUUACCUUUCCCCUUGAUUCUCUGAUGAAAUGGUGGGAUUGUAGAUGCCUUCCAAAGACUCUCUAUCCCGACUGAACAGGUUUUUUCCCCAAAAAGAGUACAGAAUGUGCCCUCAAGAUUUUUAUGCUUCGUCCUCUUCGUGUUCGGUCCUCUUUUUCAUUCAAUAACACCGUUUGAAACCAUGGUCCUCUAAUUUAUUCGAGUUCCUUACCACAUUAAGCUUCACAUCUUCUUGUUCUAUGGAAAAAGCUCAGUCUUCUUCUGAAAUCUCAGGCCUACGUCCUGCAAGAGAAGGGGACCCUCCUCGAGCUGGUGGACCCCGCCCUGGGCACCAACUUCUCCACCGAGGAAGCGCAGCAGAUGCUGAACCUGGCCCUCGUCUGCACCAACCCUUCCCCGACCCUUCGGCCCCCCAUGUCCACUGUGGUCAGCAUGCUCGAGGGCCACACGCCCAUUCAGGUCCCCACCAUGAGGCUCCACCGAACACCAAGCGAGGAGAUGAGGUUCAGGUCCUUCGAGAGGCUCUCUCAAGAUGGUCAGAGUCAGAGCAUGUCCAUGGAAGAGCCGUGGGCCGUCUCAUCAUCCGCCCCGAGCAGCAGAGUGGGCCCUUCCAAUUCAGAUCACCAGCAGCAGCAAUAA